CCGCUUCUUUCCGCGAGUCCCGGUUAGCCCGGCGAAGAUCGACGCUGGAUCUCUCAGAAGAGACUUCAGGAUCCCUCUCGGGGCAGGAGAGAAUUUGGAAAUUGUGGCUUGGUUGGAGAAGCAGCUUCGUGCACAAAGGGCCAUUCAGUCAGACAGUAUUUAACCGGUCAGUGGUGAAGGUCAUCCCUGGCCUUGACUUAGAGGGAGAACAAGUAACCCAGAGACCUCUUAACUAUAAAUUUAAAGAAAUAAAAUUUUGUGAUCCAACCUUUACCUGCAAGUCGACUACAACAAAACUAUAGAAAAUCAGCACAAGGCAGCAGCCGCCAACAAGUAUGGAGUAUGAGAAACCCUUGGAUCUCCCGUCAGACACAAGCAACACUCCAGAAAACCACCAAACUUCCCAUAUAUGCUCAGAGUGUGGGAAAACCUUUGCUUGCUGGUCCCUCCUUUUGACCCACAGGAAUAUCCAUUUUCAAAGAGGAUCCAGUCAAGGUUUGGAGGGUGUACUAAAACCCUAUAAAUGUGAGGAAUGUGACUUAUGCUUUGAACGAAAGUUAGAACUUCUUAAACAUCAGAAAAUCCAUACUGGAGAUAAACCUUAUCAAUGUCUGGAAUGUCGGAAAUUUUUCCGUAGAAAAGACACUCUCAGAAAGCACGAGAGGACUCACACAGCGGAGAAACCUUACAAGUGUUGGGAAUGUGGGAAGAGCUUUUCUCAUAGCUCAGCUCUUCUGCUACAUGAGAAGAUUCAUUCAGGAAUAAAAUCUUACACGUGCUUUGAGUGUGAGAAAUGUUUCACUCAGAGUUCAUCUCUUCGGAGUCAUGAGAAAACACAAAGAGGGGAGACAAAGAAAAAAAUAUACAAAUGCUUUGUGUGUGGAAAUUGUUUCACCCAGAGUUCAGAUCUUCGGAGUCAUUGGAAAACACACAGUGGGGAGAAAAAUGUAAAGUGCCUCAAAUGUGGGAAAUAAUUUUCCAGUAAAUCAACCCUGGUGCAACAUUGGAAAAUUCACACCGGAGACAGACCCUUUGAAUGCCCAGAAUGUGAGAGAAAAUUUAUGUAUUCUUUUGAACUUUGCACACAUCAGAAGGCUCACAAAGGGGAGGAACCCUAUAAAUGUGGGGAGUGUGGGAACGUUUUUUUUACACAAAAAGACAUGCAGAAUCAUGAGAGAAUCCACACAGGGGAGAAGCCGUACAAAUGUUUGGAGUGUGGGAAAUGCUUUUCCAGAAAACACACUCUUGGAAUGCAUGAGAGGGUCCAUACAGGCAUGAAGCCAUAUAGAUGCAUAGAAUGUGGUAAAUAUUUUACUUAUAAGGAAGUACUUUGGAGACAUCAGCAAAUUCACACUGGGCAAAAGCCAUAUCAAUGCAUCGAGUGUGGACAAUUUUAUCGUACCACAUCAAACCUUAGAAAUCAUAUAAAACUCACACAGGGGAAAAAAGUUAUAAAUGUUUAGAGUGUGGGAAAGCAUUUGCUCGGUCAUCUCACCUUACAAGUCACAGCCAAAUCCAUUCAGGAGAGAAGCCCUUUAAAUGCUCGGAGUGUGGUCAAUGUUUUUCUCAGAAAGAUACUCUUUCGAAGCAUCAACGAAUGCACACUGGAGAAAAAUCAUAU